AAAACAUUUCACUCCUUUCACGCCACCGUAAACGCCCAGUUUUAUAUAAACCUUACCCGAACAUUUAAGAUGUCAUAAAGAUUCACAGUUUUAAAAUUUAUUACCAUUGGUUUAGAUGUAUUGCUAUAAUAGACAUGCAAUUGGAUAGCAACACUUUUGCGUUACGGUCUUUGAGGCGCAUUUCUUGCUAACUUUAGUUUCGAGUUGGAAGCAAAACGUGCAUUACAUAUGUGAAAAAAAGACCAAAUAUGUAGAAGCUUCCAAUUUUUUAGAUUGUGUGUUUUAUUUGAAGACAGAUUUGAGGGAUAUUACGAAUGUAAAUCUGAAAAAGUUCUUGAAAGUAUUAAAUAGAAAAGGAGAAAUAAGUGAUUAAAGAUUUUAAAGUAUGACUUGAUAUCAAACAUUGAUUGGAUAUAGAUAUAUUCGAGGAGCAACGGAAUAUAUCAAAUCUAAAGAGAUUUAAAUAUUACUGGUAGAGGGCGCUCAAGGAGAUUGCUAUGAAGAUUACAACAUACAGUUUCUCAACUUUUCUUUUUUACACUUUUAUCUCAGAUUAUUUUGUUUUUAUUGGGGCAUACUCUAACUUUGACAUAUUUAAUGCACCACCGGCGAACGAAGUGGAGGACUGGGAGCUGUUUGACCCGGACGAAUAUGUUAAGCCAUCUGUAGAAAUGGACGUGCCUUUGCGGUAUGAGAUAAAACCUACGCCAGUCAUGCUGGGCAUGGCAAGGUCUGAAUUUUAUAACCAAAGAGAUUAUAUGGGCGCAAAUCGGUUUGAAAUUAUACCAGAUAAAGCACUCCCUGGCGUGGAGAUGACAUCAUUCCACCAUUUUAUACAGAAACGUCAGGACCCGGUGAUUGAAGAGAGUUCCGGAAAUAUAGAAUGUUCAACGCUUACUCAACCAAAUAAUGGGCAAAUGACUACCGACUGUGAAAAUCAGAUCGAGGGCUGCGUUCUUACAUUCAGUUGUAACGAAGGUUACACACUUGAUGGCCCCAGUGUAUUGACCUGCCAAGAUGACGGGAUGUGGAGCCCAUCAAAUAAUCCUCCUGAAUGCAAACAAAAUGUUUGCCCUGAACUGAACAGUCCUGAUGAUGGAACCGUUAGUUACCCGUGCAGAUUUGCUGGAUGCACGGUUCAGUACACGUGUAAUGAAGGAUAUGUUAUUAAUGGAGAUUCGGCGGUUCUGACAUGCCAGUCAGAUGGCACGUGGAAUGGAAACCCUCCUACUUGCGUCCUUCGAGAUUGCGGUGACCCGGGUGUCGCGUCAUCGACAUUUACCGGAAGUACUACAUAUGGCAGCACAAUAACGUUUACAUGUAACACUAACUACGAUUUACAAGGGUCAGCUACGGCCACAUGUGAGGCUGAUGGGGCCUGGGGCAGUACUCCAACAUGUAUUUACAAUUGUGGUGAUCCAACUGUGGUAAACGCGCAGAUUUCAUACACGUGUACAGUUACGGGUUGCACAGCAGAUGUCACGUGUGAUGCUGGCUAUGAGCUAGAAGCGAACAGUCAAAUGACAUGCACUGAUAGGCAAGGGUGGUUAUAUCCACCAUACUGUAAUCCUAUAUCAGCACCUUCGGAAGGAGCCAAUGUCUCGGUUACAUUCGAGGUGUUUUCAGAGGAGGAACAAGCUUUUGUUAGACAAAAUAUAGAACUAACGCUUGAAGAAUACUAUACAGCGUCUAUGCCAGGUACCUAUUUCGCUGACGUCACCAUCUUGAAUAUUGUGUUUUUCACGAGUGCUGGAGAAGUAGCCCGUAAAAAGAGACAGGCAUUGAGCGAACCAACAUUUGUCCAAGUAAAUUAUACAGUUUUUAUUGAAAAUACCACGGAAGCUAAGGGCGAAUUUUCAACGGCACAGACAAAUUUGACCCGACUUUCAACUCUACCAAUACUGGGCAGAAACGUGGACGUACUCAGAACAAAACUUUUUGGAUUCACAUUUGAGAGACCAGACAAUGUUAGAAACGACACAACACAUCUUGAUGGCCUACAGGCCGCUUCCUGCCAGAUAUUUGAAUAUACUAUAAAUGGUUGUCCGGAAGGUACUGUUUGCCGUGUUCAUUUGGAGGACGAUACUACUCGUUGCGAUCCUAUAGCCUCCGGACUCAGUGACACAGAUGAUGAUUUUGCCCUAAAGGUUGGUCUUGGUGUCGGUAUAACAAUGUUUGUGUUGUUAUGUGCAAUAUUAGGAUGUUGUUGUUACUGGCUUGUUUUAGCAAGACGUAGAAAACGUAGAAGAAAGAGAAAACGUCGCUAUGUACGAGAAUACGACAGUUCAAGCUCAGCAACAAGGAGUGGAUUUGCUCCGGGCAUGAUACCUAUAAGAUUCGACACUGUCGGUCGUAGAGGCCCGGUGUAUGGAUCACAAUUUCCCGAGCUUUGGGAAGGCACGGAGUCCGUGGUAGAUUCCAGUUAUGACCAUUCUCCUCAACCUCAUCGACGCGGUUCUUUCCCUUAUGUCGUGUCAAUAGGACAUGAAGAAGAAAGACGGCCAUAUACAUCAAACUUUUCAUGGGACUUUAUGUAUCCCCAUGUCGAUGACGACUUUUCGCUGCCACGACCAAAGUUGUAACCUCAUUG